AUGACUGAGGAUGUUCUUCACAUGACUGAGGAUGUCCUUGAUAUGGUUGAGGAUGCACCUAAGAUGACUGCGGACGUACAGGGUGAUGAUGGUGCUGAGGGGUCACAUGCUGAGGGAUUCCCAGGUGGGCCACGUGACCCAUCAGUGCUGACAUCAUUUGCGGACCAUGUUGCACACGUCAUUUGGAGUGGACAGGAACGAUUAAGUCCAUUGAUCGGGUGUUCAGUUGUAACCGGCGAUCCUGGACUUAUAUCCGCAUUUGUGGAGAGGUGGCUGAGCGACACCAGCACCUUCCACCUUCCAGUAGGAGAGUUGACGAUCACACUGGAUGAUGUGUCGUCACUCCUCCAUUUGCCUAUCAGUGGCGCGUUCCACAGCUUUCAUGCUCUUUUUGUGGACGAGGCGAUAUUUUUGUUGACAGAGUUGCUUGAGGUGUCUGUUGAGGAGGCUAGAGCCGAGACAACACGAUCACUUGGGGCAUAUCUACGGCUGGGAUGGAGUGCAACAUAUGUUCAUGUGGUGCAUCUAGAGGCUUUUCGUGACCUGGGUCAGAGUGGUGGUUAUGCCUGGGGAGUUGCCGCGCUGUGCUGGAUCUAUGAGCACUUUCCUAGUGUGCAUCAGUGCGUCACAGAUGAUGCGUACGAGGAGACGUCCCCACGUGCUUCCCGAUGGCUGACGUCGAAGGCACAUAUGAAGGGAAUUACAGGAGCACCGUACCGGCUGAGAUGGGGUCCUAUGGUGGUCACAGCUCGACCGGAGAGGGUGCUAUGGCAGUUUGGUUACAUUCAGAGCAUCCCUCCGUCGCCUGCUAGCGCUUCAUUGUCAUAUGAUGAUAUAGAUGACAUGUGGAUGCAUUUCGCGGACCACAUACUAGUUGUGGGUGAGCUUUGUGUCGUGUCUGGGCAGGAUGAUUACGACGGCUAUGAGGCGAUCGCAGAAAGGUUGGAGUGUGUGCUCAACCUUAGGAUGGUCACUACAGGCACAGAGUUACGUGAUAUUAUGCAAGAUUGCCUCACGAUCGCUAGAGGGGGUGAAAGUGUCAGGGCUCGACAGAGACGGCGCCCAGAGCAUUGA